UCUCGGCCGUUGCUCGCUUGUAGUGGCGGUAUGAAAAAUGGCCAUCGUCAGAUUCGGUGAACUAUCGGACCCUUUUCACUUAAACGGUCCGUCUCAUUAACAAAGCGCGACAGCGAGCAAUGCGAGUCGGAGCGGCGACCGGCCCAAACCGGAGCUAGCCGGCGGUAGUUAGCAUGUUCCCCGGCCGCUGGAGCGGCUCUGUGUCCGGCUGAAGCAGAUGGGAGCCGCGGUGAAAUCAAGCAAAAGGCGGAAGACUGCGUAUCAACAGAGACGGCUACAGCUAACUGUUCGCUCCGACAUGCAGGAAAACGGAAACCGACAGUGCAGGGUUUAAAGACAGCGAAGGGAACAUUUCGACUGGUGACCUCCUCCUUUAUGGAGCCACGACAGGACGGCUUGAACUGAGUCGGCUCCAACACUCGGCUGAACGCGGCGCUCACCCAAACUCAGGAUGGCGAGCAGGAGGAAGUCCACCAUCCCCUGCAUGGUUCCUCCCCGAGAAACUGUGGACUCGGACCAGGAGAUGGAGGAUGUAACAGGCGCGGCGGAUCCAGAGGACAGCAACGGCGCGGCAACCGUCUCCUCGGAGGCUUCCGGCCUGCUGGAGGAGCGAGGAGAGGAGGCCGACGGCAGGCGUGACGUCGCGGCGUCGGACCCCUACCUGGACUCGAAUGCAGCGGAGGGAGGCUACGAGUGCAAAUACUGCAGCUUCCAGACGUCGGAGCUCAACCUGUUCACCAUGCACGUGGACACGGAGCAUCCCGACGUCGUCCUCAACACCUCCUAUGUCUGCAUGGAGUGUGACUACCACACCAAGAGCUACGACACGCUGCUGGCCCACAACGCUCGGCUGCACCCGGGCGAGGACAACUUCACGCGGACGAUGGUGAAGCGCAACAACGAGACCAUCUUCCAGCAGACGGUGAACGACCUGACCUUCGACGGCAGCUUCGUCAAAGUGGAGGAGGACGAGGCGGAGGAGACGGCGCGCAGAGGCAUCGCCUUCAGCAAGACGCCCAUCAUGAGGAACAAGAGCCGAGCUGAGCCCAAGAAGUUCACCGCCGCGCACAAGAUGGCCGUCGACGAUGUCAUCAAAGUGGAAAGCGACGACGAGGAUGACGACAAGGAGCCGCCUGCGCUGUCGCCUGCGCCGAUGGCCCCCGCUGCCGUCGCCCCUCGCCUCAUCCCCGUCACCGCGCCGCUGCAGGUCCAGGCCGUGCCGCAGAGCAUCGUGGUGAACAGCUCCAAUGUGCUGCAGAUUAAAGGCGGGGCCUCCCCCGCUGGUGGCGGCGUGCUGCCUCCGGGGACGCUGGCGCAGGUUCUGUCAGCCCUGCAGAGCCAGCAGAACAGCACGCAGACGCAGCUCCUCAUCCCCAUCAGCAGCAUCCCCACCUACAACGCAGCCAUGGACAACAACGUCCUGCUGGUCAGCGCCUACAACAGGUAAGCACACCUGAGGGGCGCCGCACACACCAAGUUCAGCGAGGAGCAGAUCAAAGUCUGGUUUUCUGCUCAGAGGCUCAAACACGGAGUCAGCUGGACGCCGGAGGAGGUGGAGGAGGCGCGGAGGAAGAAGUUUAACGGCACAGUGCAGACCAUCCCUCAGACCAUCACCGUCAUCCCCGCUAACAUCGCCGCCACCACGAACGGCCUGCAGAACAUCUUCCAGACGUGUCAGAUCGUCGGUCAGCCGGGCCUCGUCCUCACUCAGGUGGCCGGGAACAGCGGCGCGGUCCCCGUCGCCUCUCCCAUCACGCUGACGGUCGCGGGCGUCCCCGGCAGCCAGCCCAAAGCCGCCGAGCCGUCCACGUCCGAAUCGAACGCCGAGAUGUCGUCUUCGUCGGCCGGCGUGUCGCUCGGUCUGGACUCGACCACAAGCAAGCCGAAGAAGUCCAAAGAGCAGCUGGCAGAGCUGAAGGCGAGCUACAGCCGGCGGCAGUUCGCCACCGAGGCGGAGAUCUCGCGCCUCAUGCAGGUCACCAAACUCUCCAAGCGAGCGAUAAAGAAGUGGUUCAGCGACACGCGCUACAACCAGAGGAACUCCAAGGACCACCACAGCCUGCUGCUGACGCAGGCCACGCCUGGCAGAGCCGCGGCCGGCGGCGGCCGAGGAGGAAGGAGCAGCGGCGGUAGCAUCAGCAUCAACGAUAGCAACAACAGCGACAACACCUCCACCAUCGUCAUCGACUCCAGCGACGACGCCAGCGACUCCUCACCAACCUCGGCCGGCGCUCCGGGCUCAGCCGGGUCCUCCAGCGACCUCCGCAUUAAAUUCCGCCACGCCUUCCCCGACUUCACGCCGCAGAAGUUCAAGGAAAAGACUCCGGAGCAGCUGCUCGUGCUGGAGGCCAGCUUCCAGAAGUCGGACACGCCCUCAGACGAGGAGCUGAGCCGUCUGCGGGCGGAGACGAAGCUGACGAGGCGCGAGGUAGACGCCUGGUUCACGGAGAGGAGGAAAAUGCCGUCGGCAGGUCAGUCGAAGGACAGCGACGCAGAGGGAGACGACGAGAAGGCGAAACCGGCCGCCGCGCCUUCGCCCUCGGCUCAGGAACGACAGGGCACGCCGCCCUUCAGCAGGAAGUUGGUGAAGAAGACGCCGGAGCAGCUACACAUCCUGAAGAAGGCCUUCGUCCACUCGCAGUGGCCGACGUCCGAGGAGUACGACCAGAUGGCGAAGGAGAGCGGGCUGCCGAGGACGUACAUCGUGAACUGGUUCGGAGACACGCGCUACGCCUGCAAGAACAGCAACCUGAAGUGGUACUACCUCUACCAGAGCGGGAAGGUGGACGAGGCGUUGAACGGCGGCGCUAAGAGCCAGAAGAAGUCAAGGAAGCGUUUCCGUGGUUGGUCCAGGAGGACGCGCCGGCCGUAUCCCUGCAAGCGCUCUCCACAGGGCGGCGACGGUGCCAUCAAGGUGAAGUCCGGUAAGGCUUUUCUGAAGGAGUACUACCUCAAGCACCGAGCCCUGAGCGAGAAGGACCUGGACGAGCUGGUGGCAAAGUCCAGCAUGAGCUACGAGCAGGUCAGAGACUGGUUCUCCGAGACCGCCAGGAGGGCGGAGGAGGGCGCGGAGCUCUUCAGCGACGAGGAGGCGGAGGGGGAGGAAGAGGACGAGGAAGAGGAGGAGGAGGCGACGGCGGCAGAGCACGCAGACAGCGAGGGAGAGAUGGAGGUGAAAGAACAAGGAGAGGAGGCAUCGGACGACGACUGCGUGGAGGAAGACGAGAAGGACGCAGAAGAGGAGGAGGAGGAUGAAGAGAUCCGGGAGGGAUCUGAAGGUUUCAGCCAAUCACAGCCUCAGGCAGAAGAGCAGACGUGAGCAGACAGGUUUAUCGUUGCUCCCCCCGCGCAGAGAUGACAGAGGAUGUGGUGUUUCUCAGUUGGUGGUUCGGGACCCAAAGAUGGCCGCGGUAAGGUCAGAUGGACAUUCGCUUGUCGAGCGAUGAGUUGGAGCCUCGGAGGCUUUGGGUCGCGGUGCAGCUGAGAAUCGCCGCGAUGGAGGACGGAGCGUGUGGAUUUAGUCUGCCGGGGACCGAACGGCGCUGCGAUUCAACUCUGCUCCUGUACAAACAACAAGCUUUUACUCUGACAGCGACUUUUAAUCACAUUUUCAUACAGAACUAAAAAGAAAUCAGCGUUUGUAUAAAGACAGAAGUCCAGGACAUUUCUCAGAGGUCAGACCUCGCAUGGUUUUCUCUUUAUUAAAAGGACUUUUUUCAGAAUAACAGAGGAACCGCCGGACGUUUUUUCCGGAGGGAUCGUCCUCCGGCCCGGAAACACUCGGCUCCUCUGAAGACGAGGUUUUUAAAACCGCUCCGAUAAGUCGGAUCAGUGCCAUUCUGUUUCUACGAUUGUUUAAAUAAAGACAAACGCAACGCUGGAAAGAGA